AGCAGUCUCAGUAUUUAAUUUAGUUGUUUGUUGCAUGUGCAAUCAAAUGAAAUCCAAACACCUAAUAUUUGUCUACUGUUGUAGUAGGUGUUACUGCAAAAGUCAUCCUGCUGUGUUUAAUAAUUACUGUGUUAUGAGUGAAUGUGCAUAUGAGCUGAAUGGUGUCAGUAAUGGCAGUGCUCAGUGGGUCACAGCCAGGUGCUGGCUGUAAAGACCCCGUGAUCUGAUAUUUAUAGUUGGAGAGAUAUAAAUAACUGCAGCAUGUAGGGGUACUGAGGAGCCUACUGGCUCUACUGUUGUUAACGCCACCGAAGGCACAGCCAUUUGACUGAAGGUAAACACCAUACAAUACAUAAAUAAUGCAUCUAUUGAGAAAAAACUAGACUGAUUAGUGCAGAGUGUACAGUAUAGACAAUGUGUUGGACUUCAUGGUUUGUUGAAUUUCAAGGUUAUGUUGUUGAAUUUACAGAUCAUUUAAUAGCACUCGUACUGUUAAAAUUCAUAUUUAAGAAAUGCUCCCAUCAGUCAUUUGUGCAGUAGGAACCUCCAUGCAUUUUUUGUUUUGGACACGCUGAGAAAUACUGUAAUAUAAAACUAUAAAAAAUAAAAUACUGUACUGUAGCUCUCACAUGGCCUGUAAAAUUAAGAGCUAUAGGGCAAAAUCAAAAUCAUUAGAUCCAGUAUCUUGAAUACAUUUAAGUGACAUUUGACAUCUAAUUUAACAAUAGGAAUAAAGCUGUCUGCAACUACUCUGUGUUUAACUGUAGUGUGCUCAAGUUUACGUUUCCAUGUUGGUAUUCAGGGCUACAAGUUCUCAGGUACCAGAAUUAAUGAUCUUGUUUACCUUAAGACUGUCUUCCCAGAGCAACCCCUUGUGCACUAAAACUUUCUGGACUAACAGAUGAGCACAAAGACAGAAGAUGAUUUUUAUCAAUCGGAGGACGACUUGGAUGAAGACGAGGCAACGCAAUAUAUGAUUGAACAAAGUCUGAUUCAAUAUAGAAAGCUCAAAGGAUUGAAUCCAAGUGAUCUGAAACCCAGUGAAGACCCUGAUGAGAUUUUCAAAGCCAUCAGGGAGGGUGAUGAAGAUGCACUGAACAGAAUUGCAGUGCAACCAGAGACUCUGUCCAGGGUUGAUGACCGAGGGUGGAUCCCACUGCACGAGGCUGCAGUCCAAGAGAAUAAAAGGAUACUUGAGAUUAUCUUCUCAGCAUCACCCCCAGGUGCAGUCCAGUGUCGUACCCUGAAGGGUGAGACUGCACUGUUUCUGGCUGUGGUUCAUGGACUCAGAAAGAAUGCCACAUUCCUGUUACAGAACGGUUGUAGCCCAGAUCUCCAGAACGAUGAGCAGGAUUCUCCAUUAGUGGCAGCUAUUCUCAAUGACCAGUACGACUUGGCCACGCUAUUGCUUCGCUACAAUGCCAAAGUAGACCAAACAGGACCACUAAACAGGACAGCUCUACAUGAGUCCGCCUUCUUAGGCCUGGAGAACUUUGUCUAUCUGCUCCUAGAGUCGGGUGCCGACCCGAAUGCGUGUGACAUCAAAAAGAAAACUCCACUGUCUCUGGCUGCACUGAAUGGACAUCUGAAUGUGGUCGAGGUCCUGUUACAGAAAGGAGCUGAUGUGUGGUGUGAAUCGGAGUCUGGCACCGUUUUGUUUGAUGCAGCAGCAUCAGGAAACCCUGACAUAAUCUCCUUACUCCUGGACCAUGGAGCAGAUCCCAACCUACCUCUUUACAGUGGGCACCUGCCAAUUCACCGUGUGGCCUACCAUGGACACAUACUGGCCCUGGAGCACCUCAUUCCAGUGACUAAGCUGGACGCUGUAAAGGAAAGUGGGAUGAGUCCUCUCCAUUCUGCAGCUGCCGGGGGACAUGCCCAUUGUGUGGAGAUGCUGCUUAAAGCUGGCUAUGAUCCAAACUUCAUGCUGCACCCAAGGGUGGCUCUUAGGCAGGGCAACUAUGAGAUGAUCAACACAUUACUGAAGUCUGGAGCAAAUGUCAACUACUACUCCCGUGUCAACAGCACUCACUUCCCCUCGGCACUGCAGUAUGCCUUGAAAGAUGAGGUCAUGCUGAGAAUGAUUCUGAACCAUGGAUAUGAUGUUAAGCGUUGCUUUGACUGUCCCUACGGCAACAGUUCCCAUGACUACGCUCCUUGGACGACCUCAAUCAUUAAAGACAUGGUGUUCUGUGAGGUCAUAACAGUGUCCUGGCUUAAGCACUUAUCUGCUCAGGUGGUGCGCAUCAUGCUCGACUACACCGACCAUGUCUCCUUCUGCACCAAACUUAAAGACACCUUGGAGGAGCAGAAACAGUGGCUGGAGAUCUGUCACAUUCAAAGAAAUGCAAGGAGCCUGAAGCACCUGUGUCGGUUGCGGAUAAGGGAGCAUCUCAGUCGCCUGCGCUUGAGAGCCCCAGUUUUCAUCAACUUCCUUCCUCUUCCUACCAGGCUGAAAGAUUACCUACGCUACAAGGAGUUUGAUGUUUACAGCAGGGGCACCAUGUUUAACCCAGAGUGAAAACACAUUUACAGUUGUCACAGAUACCGCUGUGACAGAGGGACAAAGACAGUCACUAUCCAUUAUCUGUUUGCCUUGAUAUUGUGUGUUUUGGAAAGUGCUUUCCAAGUACAUGUACUUUAUGCCUUACAAUAUUAUUUGUACAAAACUGUAUGUACUGUUUAGUUCUGUCUUUUAAUAGUUACAGUGACACAUUAAUGCCUUGUUUAAAGAUUUACUGUUAUAGCAAAUGGGUCCUAAAGGAAAAACAUGCAUGGGAUUACAUUAAUAUUCUAAUUAUUAUUUCAAGCUCAGUCACAUUUUAUAAUGUGAAUACAGAAUGUAAUGCAAUAAAGCAUACAGCCAGUAUCUAAUUAAAAUGUUUACAAUGUUAUUAAAAAAAACCUAAAAUUA